AUGGAUUGUCCCCACAUUGUCGAUAACGUAGGUCUCGGCAAGGAUUCGAUCAGGAUCGUGAGGAGCAACUUCAGCACCACCCCGAGUUGCAAUGUGUCCGCCGUGGGAGAUCCUGCGGCCGGUAGGAUUCUUAUUCCAACGGUGGGGUCCGAUGUAACGGCCGCGGUCACACUAUCCCACGUAGCUGUUAGUCAGGCCGUUCUUACGGCUACUUCUACUGCGUCAUCAACAGUAGCCUCCAAGCAUUGGAAAUGUGCAGAAUGCUCCAUCAGCAAAGACAACUGGAUGUGCUUACAGUGCGGGGCAGUACUAUGCGGACGAUACGACAAUGGUCACGCGCUGAAGCACUCGAAUACGAACCGAAAUCACAACAUAUGCAUCAACACAUCAAACCAGUCAGUUUAUUGCUACAAGUGCGAUGAAUUCGUGAUAAACGACACCAAUGAUAACGCGCUCGAGGAGCUAAGGCAGGAGCUGAAGGAAAGCAAUGGCGAUCAGAUGGACACGAUUUCCGAAACGUCCUCGACGCUGGAGGAAAUCAGCUCGUCCAAGUCGACCCAGGAAACGGCCAGCACGUCCUCGUCGAGCGAUUCCGGCUGGGAAGAGCCGGCACCGUCGGCACUGGCCAUUCCCCUGCCCGUCUCCUCGAUCACGAUUGUCAGCUCGCGGAAGCUGCGUCCUCGCAAGCGCACUAUUUCCAGUGACAGCAACAACGAGAACGGAGCGACCACCGCCAAGCGCAAAUCGAUGCGGCGGGUCGUGGGGCUGCGCAACCUUGGUAACACCUGCUUCAUGAACUCAGUAUUACAGUCCCUGAGCAACAUACAGGAGUUUAGCUGUUACUUCAACACUAUGCCGGCCCUGGAGAUGAAACACAAGCAGAAGGCGUACCAUUCGCGCAGCAUGAAGGAAACGAUGGACGACGUGUUCGUGGUGGAGGAGUUACGCAAGGUCCUUUUAAAUCUCAGCCAAGGAGGUGACGGAUCAAAGGGAGCCAUCUCACCCGAGUGCUUGUUUCUCGUCAUCUGGAAGGUGGUGCCGCAGUUUCGCGGACAUCGGCAACACGAUGCGCACGAGUUUCUGCGCUACAUGCUCGACCGCUUGCACACCGAGCUGCAGCAGGUGUCCUUUCCGGUCGAGCUGUCUGGGCCCAAGUCGGGGGAACACAAAAACCCGUACAACGUGUCCGGGCUGAGCCAUCUGCAGGCGAAGGGGCGCAAUUCCAUCGUCACAAAUGUGUUCGGUGGAGUGUUGCAGAGCGAGGUGCGCUGUUUGAUCUGCGGAAUGGAGAGCAAAAAGCACGACCCAUUCCUCGAUCUAUCGCUAGACAUUCCGGAAAAGUUUUACAGUAAAGAUCACUCCGCGGACAGUAGUAGCACUGGCACGGACGGUGUAAACGGUGCUGGUGCCACGUCGGUUUGUCACAUAUCCGACUGUUUGUCUAGCUUUACCGAGGUGGAAGAGCUAGCAGAAACAGAAUUAUACUACUGCAAUUCGUGCAAGUGCAAACAGAAAUCGACAAAGCGUUUUUGGAUUCGCCGUCUGCCGAACGUGUUAUGUUUGCACAUUAAACGCUUUCGUUGGAACAAUUUCUAUAGAACUAAAAUCGACUUGAGAAUAGCAUUCCCCAUCAACGCACUUGAUAUGUCGCAGUUUGUGCUAAAUAAUGGGCCCGAAACGAGAAGAUCUAAUUCCAGCUGCAACAUCUACGAUCUAGCCGCAGUUAUAGUCCAUCAUGGCAAUGGUUCCAGCUGUGGCCACUACACGUCCUUCGCCAUCAACAAUGGCGUGUGGAUGCACUUUAACGAUCACACGGUGAAAGAAGUGAGCAGUGCGGCUGUAGCCGAGUGCAAACCGUACAUCCUGUUCUACAUCAAGCGUGAUCCAACGAAUGCCAACCGACUGUCGACCACCAGCACCGUGGCGCCCGGUACAACGGUGGCCCAUCAGUCGUCCUGA